AUGACGAUGCUACCAGGACCUUACCUGACAUCCUGGAAAAUAGAGGACCGACCGGAUGAGUUCUACAUCCCAAGAGGCGAGCAAUCCUAUGAGAUGAUGCAGACGUACAGUCCGCUCUGGCAGCCCAUGGAGCGCUUUCAGCAGAAGCACGAAGGACCCAUCUAUCACCCAGGGCCUGUGCAGGAGCAUAUCAUGCAGCCAUACCCGGACGUCAUGCCGCGUAGGAUGUCCAUGUACAUCGGCUCUGAAAGCUCCAUGGACUCACCCCACCAGCGAUACGCGUCGCCAAGCAACAGCGGCCAUUCUGUGUCGCACGCCAGCAGCACACUAUCGGAGCACGACUGGUCCCCACAUCCGUCUCCGUUCAUCAGGAACGCGUCCUACCCUCCCGAGCUGUCAGUGGACAAGUACUUCCACGGAUAUGGAUUCUACGGUUCGAUCGAGCAUAUGAGCGGUUACCCUGGAGGCCACUGUGUCGCGAUGCAUGAUGUACAGCGAUGCGCCGACGCGCAGGCCGAGACCAUUCUGUCCGAGGAAGAGACUACCACGUACGGGUCUUAUGCUCAAGAGGGCUAUCAGCCCAUGCAACUUGCAACGCCUGUCAGUGUCGCGACGCCUUGCAGUCAGAUUUGUCAGGCUGAGGCAGAUUACAAGCCCGUGCAAGAGCCCGCCCCGGUCUACCGUCGUCGACGCACAAACUCUUCCCGAUCAUCUACCUCGCCAGUGCUGUCGGUCAAAGUCACCAAACGCCCACACGCUGCAAGACGCCGGUCGUCCAACAGUAAUGGCAGGACCAACAAUAGCAACGAGGACAACACCGGCGCUAGACCUUUUCCAUGCCCCUUUGCAACAUACGAAUGUUCUUCGACCUUCGCAUCAAAGAACGAAUGGAAGCGUCACGUCACCACCCAACACCUUCGUCUAGGUUUCUGGCGCUGCGACCAGUGUCCCAAUGGCGAGCGUAAACCAAACGACUUCAACCGCAAAGACCUGUUCAUCCAGCACGUUCGCCGCAUGCAUCCCGUCUCCGCCGACGCCAAGAAAGCGACCACCAAGUCACGAUCACCCCGACGUGGCUCCCGCGGCAGCAACAAGAGCGAUGCGACAGAAGAAGAACUGCUCGCCGAGGUGGAGCGGCGAUGCUACAGACAGACGCGCACUGCACCCGAGCAAAGCGGCUGCAUGUUCUGCGACAAGAAGUUCAAGACAUGGGAAGAGCGCAUGGAGCAUGUCGGGAGACACAUGGACAGUGCGACUCAGGACAAUGGUGCCGUGACGGAUCCUGCAGACUGGCAAACAGACAAGGUCACGGAAGAUUGGCUGGUCAAGGAGAAGCUCGUGAGGCAGUCUCAAGGACGGCUGGUGCUGGUGUAG